GUGAUGAGGAGAUCCUGGCCUGGCUGCGCGCCAACCACCCCGCCAAGCAGGUGCUGCUGGCAGUGAACAAGUGCGAGAACGUCGCGAAGGCAAGUGCUUACACUGCCGCCGACCAGAUGGUGGCGGAUUUUUGGGUGACGGGCCUACAGCCCCACGCCGUCUCUGCUAUCACCGGUACCGGCACGGGCGAAAUGUUGGAUGCGCUCGCGGAGCUGCUGCCGCCGCCGACUGGCCUGGAGCAGGACGACGCGGAGGAGCAGCCCCUGGCGGUGGCCAUUGUGGGGCGACCCAACGUGGGUAAGAGCAGCCUCCUGAAUGCCAUUGCGGGGGAGGAGCGCUCCAUAGUUUGCGACCUCAGCGGAACCACCCGCGACGCGGUGGACACACGCGUGACUUUGCCGGGGGGCCAGCGCUUGACGCUCAUUGACACGGCGGGUAUCCGCAAGCGGUCGCGUGUGGCGGACAGCCCCGACGGUGCAGAACAGCUGUCGGUCGACCGGGCCAUGCGGGCGGUACGGCGAGCUGACGUGGCGGUGCUGGUGAUUGACGCGGUGGAGGGAGUCACGCAGCAGGACUUCCGUCUGAGUGAGCUAUUCGCGUCGGAGGGCAAGUCAGUGGUGGUGGUUGUGAACAAGUGGGACCGUGUGGAUCCCCGCAUCUGGAGUGUGGAGAAGAUGGCGGAGAACGUGAAGACCCAGCUGCGCCACGUUAGCUGGGCGAGUGUGGUGUGCACCUCCGCCAUAAGCGGUCGACAUGUGGAGGACGUAUUGGAGGCGGUUCUGGACGCCGGUAAGCAGCACCGCCGCCGAGUGCCCACCGCCACCCUCAACAUGGUGCUGCGCGAGGCCACCCAGUGGAAGGCGCCGCCCACACAGCGGGGGUCGCUGCGGAAGGGCCGCAUCUACUACGCCACGCAGGCGGGCAC